AUGGAGCCUUCAAAACACUUCCCAUCGUCUCUACAACCCGGUUUCCCUCUCCCUCAUCUACUUCGCUCCGAUUCUUUCUCUCUCCGCUCUCUUCUUCCUGCUCUUCCUCGUGUUUCCAAACAAACAAACACACGCAUCCCCAUCGAUCUCACGCAGCACGCUGUCGUAGUACUUCAGCGCCACGGCCUCGUCACAGAGCUUCUCCGCUUUGUCUACUUUCGAUCGGGUUUUUACUUUUGUACUUUGACACAAACUGCAACGAAACUCAUUCUCAUGUUUUUUGAAACACGCCACUGCUUCCUUCCGCACAGAGUCCUUCGCCUUUUCCUCCUUCGAACUCUUCGCUUCGCUCACGCGCUCUCUGCGGCUCAAUCCAUCUCAUUACACCGACCUCAGCUCCAUCACCUCCAUUAG